UACCUCGAAACCAAACACAUCCACUAUCAGUGAAUUAUUAUUUGGCUUGCUCGGAGGCAGAAAAUGGCGAUACAAAUCUCCUUUGGAUCUCCGAUUUUGUCAUACCCACCAAAACCCUAUUCUAACAUACGAAUCAAAUCCACUUCCAUUUCCACCAAGCCCUCUAAGAUCACCAUAUCCACCAGGACAAGAACCACCCCCUUCACCAUCAGAGCAACCGCCGCCGGAGAAGAAGAAAAAGAAGAAAAGCCUCAACGCACUGACAACAGCGUCGCUGAGCCCCGACCUGUUAUUACCCAACAAGGCACUCCCAACGAGCCGCCGCCGCCGCAGCAGCAGCAGUCCGCAAGCACCGAAAUCGGCGGCAUCUCGGAGUUGGGUUCAGAGAUAAAGAAGGCGAUGAAGGAGAGGGAAAAGGAGGAGGAGAGUUUGUGGAGCGGCGUGGCGAAGGAGAUAAGGGAAAUCGAAUGGCCCGCCUUCGGGAAGGUCCUGGGGACCACCGGCGUGGUGCUGGGAGUCAUCGCCGGUUCCAGCGUUGUUUUGCUCACCGUCAACGCCAUUUUGGCCGAGCUCUCGGACCGGGUCUUCGCCGGAAAAGGCGUUCAGGACUUUUUUGGGUAAGGGGAAACAGUCGGGGGUCAGUGGGUACAUAGGCUUGAGCUUCAAUCGUAGGCAUUGGCUGAGAAAAGCUCGUUGUAUUUUCCCCUCCUUUUUGUUGAGAAAAUAUCACAAACAAUGCCUUGAUAUUCAUUAUAUAA